CCACUCGCUCUCAAUCAGUCUAGUCCCAGAACGCACUUCGAUAAGAACCUUUAGUGUGGCUCCAGAGGUUGUACUUGACUCGAGGAUCCGCUGUUUCGAAGUCUGACUCCUCGGGACUUUACAGACUUUUAAGUAAAAUCACACUCUAGAAUUGUAAGACGGGAGAUUAGUUUUUUUUUUUGUCUUUUGAAAGAAAAGUGACGAAAGAGAAUUUAUGGGCAUGUAAACGGAGAAGAAUUGAUGUAAAGAAAAAGAAAAAAACAGUGCACUGUUGGAACAUUUUUGUUAAUUUUAGCGUAGAGCGAACUACUAGCUGCGAAGAUGCAGUGCCAGAUAUCAGCUGACCAGGUCCUCCUCGGCGUGAUGGCACCCGAUGCCACUGAGACCACGGAGCCAGCGGGCCCCAAAUGCGAGUCUGAGAAGAAAUUGGUGGAAUUGAAGCUGAAAUAUGGAUGGCCAUUCCCUGAUAUGACGGACCCUCCAUUAUCCUUCCGAAUUAAGAGCAGCUUCAUCAUUCCCAUGGUCGGGACUUUCAGCAAAAUUCUUUUGAAAUGGUGUAAUAAGGUGAAUGGCCACAACAUCCAACAGCUUCGAAACAUGGUAGCAAAUCGGCCUGCAGGCACACCACUCCUCACAGUAUCAAACCAUUAUUCCUGCCUUGAUGAUCCUGCACUAUGGGGUUUGUUAAGAUGGCGUGAUCUGUGGAAUGCACGGAGAAUGAGGUGGUCCCCAGCAGCACACGACAUAGCCUUUACGCGAAAAAUAUACAGUUGGUUCUUUAGUGCUGGGAAAUGUGUGCCAAUUAUUCGAGGUCUGGGAGUGUACCAGGAGGCAAUGGACUUCCUGAUUGAGCGUCUGAAAGAGGGCCAGUGGGUACAUAUAUUCCCCGAGGGCAAGGUGAACAUGAGCCUGGAGAGGAUGCGGCUCAAAUGGGGCGUGGGCCGGCUGGUGUACGAGUCACCCGUGUGUCCCAUCGUCCUGCCCUUCUACCACAUUGGUAUGGAUGACAUCCUGCCCAACCGCAAACCCUACAUCCCCAGGGUCGGGAAGCUGGUGACAGUUGUGGUGGGAGAACCCAUGGACUUCAAGGACCUAGUGUCGGAGAUGAAGGCAAAGAAGGAGGACCCGACUACGGCGCGGAAGGUGAUCACCGACAGGAUCCAGGAGGAGCUGGGAAGGCUGCGAGAUCAGGCAGAGGAGCUCCACGAAAAGAUGAAGAGGGAGAGGAACUUAUAACGCAUGUCCAAAGGCAUAACUGCAGCAAUUGUCCUAAUCCUUCCACUCGAUAUUUUGUACAUUUUUUUUCCUCAGUGGAGAAGUAUCAAAUUGUAAAACUGAUGAAGAAUUCAUUUCGAAUUUUUGACAUUUUUCAGUAUUGGCCUUAUUAAGAUUUUUAAGAUGAAAUCAAUGGAUAUACAUUUAUAAGUAUUGGUAGAGUUAGCUUUUUUCCACAAAUUUUUAAAAUGUACGGAGAUAACCUGGAAAACUUUGAAAUUGAUUUUUCUGGAUAUUUAUUAUGUAUAUAGUACUUUUAUUUUGGUUAGAAUGUUUGCAAAUAUUUUAAAAUUAUAUGCAGUUGCAGGAUCAGAAAAUCUAGUAAUUUUAUGCCACAUGAACUGACCUGUAUGUACCAAUGGACUGAAUGAUGUAUAAUUUAAAACCUGACUUUUCCUUUGGUAUUAUGUUGCAUUGGUACAAAAAGAUGAAAUGUUCAAGCCUCGCUUAAGGUCUAGCAUGUUGGUGAGUUUGCACAACUACAUUUUAUUUUUUGUUAGUAGUAAGCUAUAUUUCUAUAUAUGUUUAUUAAGUGUGAAGCAGAAUACUGAAUUCAACAUGCCAAAAUGAAAUGUUUUUUCUCUUGGCUCCUAUUUUCAAAUGAUGUCAUAGUUCUUUUGCUAGCUUUAUGAGUUGAUGUUGAUAGAGAAAAUUUAUUAUUUUUUACAUUUUUUCUCUUUUCUCUCUCUCUUUUAUUUUUUCAGAGAUACUAGUGCAAAAAGUGUUCAUGUUAAAUGCAGGUGCUUGCAUUUGAGGACAGAUAUUUGUCCUAAUAGAUGUGUGUUCACUACAAAACUCCAAUUUUGUGAACAAACCUUCCAUAAUGAUUGGGUUUCGUGAGAUAUCAUUGCAUCGCGUUGAGGAGAAGCAUACAAGAAGGCUUGUUUACAUUUUCAUUAUUUAUAAUUUAUCAAUUGUAUUUCACAAAUAUCUCUAAUUAUAUUCCCCCCCCCUGUUCAUAGGAGAGAUUAGAUUUAUAUAUUACGGCUUCACACUCUUGCAAAUACUACGAAUAUUUGAAUGUACACAAAAAUAAAUAAAAGGAAAAUAUGGCAUAAGGCUAUCUCUAGCAAGUAAAUCAUUAAAAAGAUAGCAGUAUCAUGACAAAGCAAACAUUGUCAUGUAUUUAUGUAAAUAAAUAUUGCCACUGAAAAAUAAUGUAUUUGCUGUUACCUGUUGUUUUGCAACUUUCCGAUAGCUGAUCUUAUUGCUUUAUUUACUAUUUAACUAUUUUUCUAUCACUGUUUCCUAGUUGUCUAAUUUCCCAAUGGUUUAGUUCAAAGGCUUUUCAUAAGCAGGAGUUUAGUUCAGGGCUGUCAUAAGCCAUCAUUUUUUUCUCUCUUUUUUCCAAAAUGAAUUUACUUGUCUCACAGCUACAUUCUCCAUUCAAAAUGCUCAGAGACAAGUAUUAGCAAUUGUAAUGCUAAAUGUCUUUGUUUAGUGGAGUACUGUAGAGUACUGUAAGGCAUUACAGACACGUGGAGAUUCUGCACUGUGUAAUUUUUUGCUCUGUGAAUGUUUCACCCCUGUAACAACCACUGAGUCAUAUGCUUUGUACCUAAGAUGCUGCAGAUAUCACAAUUUGGUGCAGAGCUCAGAAAUGUGAUUAUUUUUACUUUUUUACCUUUUGAUACCAGAUUGCCAAUAAAUAAGUAUAUACAUAAUUAGCUGGACCAAUUAGGAAAUCAUAUAAAAUGGUCAACUUGAAUAGAUGAAGAGAUCUAGAGAUGAAAGUUAUACCAAAUGUUAGUAAGAGAAAUCAGACUUGCAUUGUUUGUUUAAAAAAAGGAGAGUAUCUUCACAUGUUUCAAACUGAAUCCCAGAUGAAGUAAAAUUAGAUAUAUUGUAAUCUAUUUUCAAAUCAAAUAUUGUAGAAAAUAUUGCAUCCUCUUGAAAAGGACUGUGAAAUAACAAAUAAUAAAUAUAGUUGUUAGUAUAGCUAGGCAUGCCAUCAUAACCUGUGUAACAAUGUUCUUGAUUAUAUACAAUCUAAACCUCUUUCAGAGUAAUGGGUUAUCCCUGUGUUGACUAGCAAUAUAUGUGUUUAGGGUAGCUGUCAUUGUCAGCUGAACUAAUAUCCUUUGAAACCCUGCAGCAGUUGUUAUUAGUGAGACUCUAUUUGUUACUGGCUUUUUAGUUCUGUAGUUUAUGAGUCAGGCUUACCUCAUACCAGUAAUGUACGCCUCUGGUAACAUGUGGAUAGUAGUUACAGUAUCAGAUAAAAUGAUAUACUUCCUGUUAUUGUAAAAAUAGUACCUUUAAGAUGAGAUGGAAUUAUUAUAGUCAACAUUAUAAUGGUAUAUCAUAGUCAGUACAGCAAAUUUGCUAGGUGAAUUGUAAAUGCAAUAGAUAUUUACUUUACUGGUGAUGUCUGAUUUGUUCUAAUGAAUUGUACCUCUCUAUCAGUUAUGUAUAAAGUGUUCCCCCAAUGAGUUAUUACUAAUUUUAUUAUGUUAUGGAACAAAUAAUAUAGGUUUAUGGUAUCAUAGAGAUUGACAGAAGUAUUGGAAAUGUUUGUAUAUUAGUGGAAUGUUCAAGACUUUGUUAAACUGUGACCAGUCUUUUAUUUCUCUAAGAGUCAAAAUUACAAGCUUCUGUUUCUGUUAUAGUAUCUUGUUAUCACUAAUUCAUUUUGAUAUUUGUUGUUUUUGCUUGAGGAAAUCUUUAAUGAACAAGAGAUUAUUUUCAUAACAAUAGAGCAGGGGUCUGUGAUAUGGACUAGUAUGUACAGGCCACUUGUUAUAACAAUUUUAUGUUAUGAUGUCUGAUAAAAAGAUCAUACUAGUGUGAUAUCUUUUGCACAAUGAAUUGAUAUGCAGCUGAAUGCAAAAAUGAUAUAGUACAAACUUGGCGAGAUGAUAAAGUUUAUUAUUCAGCCAUGACUGGCAUAUCACUAGAAGGUAGAUGUGUUAAACAAAAUUCCUUGGAAAGUCUGUUACUCUUGUCUGAUUAGUUAGUAGAGGUAUGAAACUAACUUAAUUUUAUAAUUGACUUUCCUUUUCUUGCUGGUGGGUGAAAGAUGUCAGUGUUUGGUUACCUGUGAAGAAGAGUAUAAAUUUUAUGAAGUUCAAUUUCUUUCAUAAAUUUAUUUAUUUAUUUAUUUUUUUACUGUAUUUAAUUAAUUUUCACUCCUUAAGGUAUAUUUUCUCUAUUUGUUAAUGAAUAUGAAUCCUAUUUUAUUUAUUUAACCAUUUUUAAUAACUGAGACAGACUUUUUAAUAUAACAUUUUGAUUUUUUCUUUCACAAUGAAAGACGCUGAUAUGCUUAGGCAUGAGCAAGAGAAGUUUGACCAUAGCCCCCUACUUAAAGUACAGUCAUCCUCCACUGAAUGAACUAAGAAAGAAGGAAAAGGGAUGUUAAAUUAAACUGAAUUAAACUGGGGGACCAUUUUCUAUUUUUUUAAUGUUGGAUAAAAAAGACAAUUAUCAGCUGUGUUCAGUAUCAGACAGCAGAGGCGACGGGAAAUCCCCAGCUUUAGAUUCUCCCAAAACUAAUGGAAGCACUAAGGUAUGCUUGCAACAUAACAAGCAGUUAGAGGUGAAAUGGGAAUGAGUGUUGGUUAAAGCGUUCUUAAGGACUGUAGCUAGCUUGAAUUAUUUUCCUCUCUGAUAAUGCUUCCUAAGUUUGAGUACAUCCAGAGCUGCAAAAAAUCUUUGAGAAAGAGUAUUCAAAAUUAGGAUUAAUGCCAAGUUUAGAAAUAUUGAUAAAAAAUUCUUUGUAAAGUAUAUUUUAAAGCUCAUACUUGUUUACAUUCUGUAAUUUUAUGCCCAUGUGUGUUUGUAGACAAAAAAAAUACAUUAUAUAAUUUUGCAUGUUUUACUCAUAAAUCAAUAGAAUUCAUAUAGAAUCUCCAUUUUGUCCCUCUUAAAAAAUACAGCAAAUAUAGAUUAAGUUGACAACAUAGAAGUUAAAUGGUAUGAGUCUGUACCAUGCUACACACUCUUUACUAAUAAAAAAAUGCAAAAAGUGUUCUAUUUAUGAGUUGUAUUUAAUUUUUCACAUUUCAGGCAACAUAGCUCAUGCAGAAAUAGCUAAUUUAUAAAAGAGUCAUCAUUUAUAUUAGAAACUAGUAUAUGUUAAGAGUUUAAUCUGGAAAAAGGUAUAAUUUUGAGUAAGGUUGUUGCAAUAUUAACUUUUUAUGUUAAAUAAACUGAUUUUAUUUUUGUUUUUAUGAUUGGCAACUUGUGCAUUAUUUUUUAUUGUAAAGUAUUCUAUAAAAAAAUGACCAUCACUAGAAUAUCUGCAAUCAAAUACAUCUAAAUAACCAUUUUUGUUUUCACUAAUAACAACAGUACUUUAAUGCAACAGAAAAAAAUAUAAUGAAGUCUGAAAUGAUGAUGAUAAUGGAAAAAAAUUGAAAAGCACAUAUAAUGAUGCAAUGUUUGAGAAUAUAAUGCAAAUCAAGUGUUAAAAUUGUGAUGUGGGUGCUAGUAAUUUGUGUAAAAUACAAAAUUGUUAUGUUA